CAGAUGUGGUAGUUCAUGGGAAAGCGACACACCGCAGCAAACCGUCAGCAUGGAUAUACAGCAUCUACGUAAAGGUAAAACCACGAACGUCGACCUUAAUCCGUCAAGACACAGAUGUUUAGACAAUGGAAUCCCAAUAGCCACCAUUCCUUUAAAUAAACUUGACCCUGACGUAAGAGGAAUGUCUUCUGUCGACUCCCAAUCAGAUGUUGUAAUACCGCAAGCAUAUGAAUUAGAAGAUCCAGACCAAAUGCCGACAGAAGAUGGUCUAGUAAUAGCAGAGAAAGUUUUAUUCAUCGACAAGAUAAUUUACGGAAUCCGGGUUGUUAUUUUAAAGCACCAAAAGAUAUUGAAAACAAUAACAUACAGUAUUUUACUGCUGUUGUUCCUAGCAUAUGUUGCGUACUCUCUCAGUUUCCGGUUUGGAGACGAGGGAUCCUUGCGAUUGUUGGUUUGUACUAUAUUGUUACUGAUGUACCUUGGCUGGGGAAUUAUCAAAAACGUAUCUUUGUACAGGGCAUUUAAAAAAUCACUUGGAUCAAAGAAUCCUGAAAAUAUUACCAAGGCGAAAAAAAUAGUAAGAUGGACGUUGUACUUUGUGGUGCUGACGCUUAUUGCAGUCUACAUAGGGUUAGCAGUUAUACAAACUAGACCAAGAAACCUCGUCUCACUCGGCGGGAUAUUCGUCUUCAUCUUCAUCCUUUUCCUCAUGUCAAAUAACAAGGCAAAUAUUAACUGGCAUACAGUGUUUUGGGGACUGUCACUCGAGUUUGGUUUCGCUCUGAUCAUUCUCCGCACAGAAUGGGGCAUCGGUGCUGUGAACUGGACAACGGACAGAUUUUUGGAAUUCAUUGCUUUCUCCGACACCGGUUCAGCUUUCAUUUUCAGUAAAAGAUACAAGGAAUUCAAUUUGAUAUUCAAGGUUGUUCCCUCUGUGAUUGUGUUUUGUUCUGCCAUUGCUGUUUUAUCCUACCUUGGCGUUUUGGCCUUCAUCAUCUCAAACCUUGGCGGUUUUCUUGGUUACUGUCUACAAACGAAUCCGGUGGAAUCCAUGAACGCUGCAACGAAUAUAUUCAUGAGUGGGAUCGAAUCAUUGAUGGUCAUCAGUGAGUACAUAGACUCGCUAUCUACGUCCCACAUCUUUUGUAUUUACACAAAUGGAUUGUCUUCCAUAGCCGGCUCCGCUCUCGUCCUUUUCUCCAAUUUCGGGGUACCUGUCGAAUAUCUUUUGACAGCAUCAGUCAUGUCUGCACCAGCAGCUUUGGUGGCGUCCAAAAUGGUGUAUCCAUCCGAAACGGGCAAGGACGACACUAAAAUCUGUGUCGUGGGAACCAAGAGUGGUACCAAGAGUUUGAUGCAAGCCCUGUCAUUAGGUGGAAUGCAGGGCCUACAGCUCAUGGUGAACGUCCUCGUAAACCUCCUCAUUUAUAUAUCCCUCUUUGCAUUUGUCAAUGCUUCAAUCACGUGGUUUGGAGACAGGGCGGGAGUGGAAGAGCUCACACUCCAGAAAAUAUUUUCCUAUUGUCUUUGGCCAUUGGCGUUCAUCAUGGGAAUUGAUGCUAUUGAUUGUCUGAAAGUUGCCGAAAUGUUGGGUGUGCGCAUGUUUGCAACCGUCGCCCUUGGUUACUUGCAAAUGGGAACGUACUUUACAAACAAGGAGAAAUACAACGAAUAUAAUGAAAUAUACAACAACACAGUGCUGACCUCUAGCGGCGACAUAUUUCUUCCGAACUGGAACCUGACGCUAGAAAACGGAAUUCUGACGGACCGCUCAGAGCUAAUCACCACAUAUGCCAUGUGUGGAUUCGCUAGCAUGCCUUCUGUUGGAAUAACCCUCGGAUCAUUUGCGGUCCUCGCCCCCGGGCGAGUCGGUGAACUGUCCAAGUUGGCAAUGAGAGGACUUAUAGCUGGAACGAUAGCCAGUUAUCUAACCGCUUGUGUAGCUGGAUUACUGUUCGCCUGACGAGUACAACAUUUGUUCCUGUCUUGGUAAAACUGUUGUAUACGCUUCACUGCUAAUAAUAAUACCUUAAUUUUAUGGCAAACCCGUACUGUUAAAUGUAUUGGUAAACAAAAUUUAUACUGUUUCAAUUACAUCAAAAUGUACACUGUUUGCAUAAUGCUAAAAACAUUAUUUAACAAAAACAUAUUUUUUGAUAUUCAUCAGAUGGAACACUCAUGCUUAAAUGAAAACGAAGAAUUGGUGUUCUAUUUUUCAAAGGAGACAGAGAUUACCGAUUUAACGAAACAGAAGCGCAAUUAGAUAUAAAACAAUUGACGAAAACUGGGCAAAAUAUUGAUAAAUGAAACAUCAACAGGGAGAUCAAGGAUAGAGUUAAAUGAGGAUAUGACCAGCAGUGUCCGGACAGUAGGCGGUACUAGUUGGUUUUGUUUGUGUGUUACGUCCUUUUAACAGCUAUGGUCGUUUAAGGACGUGCAAGAGUUUGCUGAUGGUGAAAAACCGGAGUUGCCGGAUAAAUCCAAAUGAACUACGGUCAGUAUCUAGCGACUGCCCAACGCAUGCCUCGAGCCCGUGGCCCAGUGGUGGAGGGUUAGUGGUAGCAUAAUGUCGGAUGCCUUAACCACUGCGGCCCCUCUGCUCAACAGCUCUGGUUAAUCGACGAUAACCGCUAUGUAAAUCCAGAUCAAAUCAGAGUAGCAUCACCUCAUCAAAUUCAGAAACGUGUAUUUUAAAUUUAUCCAUCAGCAUACGACCUCAACACUAACAUUGUGAUAUAAGCAGCAUGACCAUGCGAAUUGAUUGACCAUUUAUAUCACCAGGUCUUAUAUAAAAGACAUACACGUAUACGUUUUGAAAUAUUUGCUGGCUAUAUCAGUGUUUCAUUGCAUCUGGUUCAAAUUGUGUGUAGAUAUGAAUAU